CCAUCAUGCACGCCGUUAGCUCCGUCCUUCCGACUUCCGCCUCAGUUUAGAGCGACGAUGGCCCCAACCAAGAAAGGCGAAAAGAAGAAAGGGCGCUCAGCCAUCAAUGAGGUGGUGACCAGAGAGUACACCAUCAAUGUCCACAAGCGCAUCCAUGGAGUGGGCUUCAAGAGGAGGGCUCCCCGUGCCAUCAAAGAGAUCCGCCAGUUUGCAGUGAAGGAGAUGGGAACCCCUGAUGUCCGCAUUGACACUCGCCUCAACAAGGCAUUGUGGAGCAAGGGUGUCAGGAACGUACCGUACAGGAUACGGGUGCGGCUGUCCAGGAAGCGUAAUGAGGAUGAAGAUUCCCCCAACAAGCUCUACACCCUGGUUACAUAUGUUCCUGUCACCACAUGCAAAGGUCUGCAGACAGUCAAUGUGGAUGAAAACUAAAAAUGUCCCCUCAAGGCGAAUAAACAGAACAUUUUGUUCAA